AGAGCCAAGCGAUGCGAGUGGUUCGAACGGUGGGUCAAGCAUUCGAAGUGUGCCAUAAACUUUCAAUAAACGCGCCUGAAAAUGACAUUUUGGAUCAGGACGAACAAGAUACGCUUACACAAGACUUGCUCAGCGAUCGCUUUAGCGACAACGCCAGUGAUAAACCUAAAAAAGAUAUUAUAUCAGAAGGUGCCAGUGACAAGAUGUCGUUACCCCCAGACGACGGCAGUUUCAGAGAUUCGUUUCUGGAGAAUGCUAAAAACCAGCGAACGCCGCAACUUGAUAUAUUACCGCCUCCACCUGAAGUAAACACAAGGAAAACCCCAUUGACAUGUGCAGAAACAUAUUCGUCUCCACACAGUGACGCUUUAACUAGUGGAUGCAGCGGGGGAAGUGGUAGCGGAUCGCUUCCACCCGCUGGAAGCAACUUAUCCGCUCACCACGAGAUCCAGCUCAUGAAGGAACAGCUCGAACAGCAGUCGCAACAAACGCAAGCUGCGAUGGCACAGCUACAGCUUACCAUGGGCAAAUUGGCCGCAGAAAAGAGUGCUAGAAGAGAAGCUCAAAAAACGACGCAGCAAUUGCUGAUCCAUAACAAGGAGCUGCUGGACCACAUUGCCGAGCUGGUGGCACGUCUCCAACGGUAUGAGAACGCCGGCCAACAGCAGACGCCUCCGCAUAUGACAAUGCCUCAGCUAAGUUCCACUGCAAAAGUAGAGAGGUGGUUCGAGUUACUGGAGCCGACAUCCUUAUCUCGACCGGAAAGCGGUUUCGUGUCAUUCCAGGAUCCGGAAGCUGAAGACGUCGAGGACGACGAACGAGCCAUUCUAACGACGAAUCUCCUUUCAAAGCUCAGCGCCAAAAAGCAAAGAAAGCUGCUGGGAUUAAAGCUUGGAAAAGUUACGACCUUCUGA